AUGUCGGCCGUCCGUUAUUUUGAUUCUGUUCCUCACAUUGUGCGUUAUGGCAUGCACGACGAGAAGGAGGGUAAGUCAUGGACGCACUUCUACCGCAACGGCAUCUGCUUCAACGCUACGGUCUCGCGUGAAGAUGUGUCCGGGACGCCUUUCUUAGAGCCAUGGCUUGAUCUCAUUCAAGAGGCAAAGAUACACGAAGGGCCGAAGAGCUGGGUCCGCCAAUGGGAAAUGUUGUGCGACUGUGUGAUCACGCCGUGCUUGCCCUUACUCGAGACUCUAGCUCCCAGCUCACAUCAAUGGGUAACAUUGGCCGACUACCUGCACACGCCGACAUAUGACUUGAAGUUGGUCGCCGACGAGAAAACGGCCAAUGUCGUUCCCGGCAUCACCGAUGGCCCGACUGACCGCCCGUCCUACGAACACCAUCUGAUGAAAUUCCCGGAAAUCAGCCUGCUUCCUCAGAAUGUGCGCCGAUAUGACGCAGAAAGUUUGCUUGUCCUUGGGAAGGAAAAGAACUGGCGACGCCCCCCACACAAGGUUCGGGCGCCGAAUGGCGACGUGUUUUUCUUCAGGCCUUGCAAUCAACCAGCAACGCACGUUGACACUGGCCUGAUUCUCAACCCCGCCCUCGACAUCAUCAAUGCAUAUUCAAGGCUUUACUCACAGUCAGAGGAGGUGUCGUCUCCAUCUGCAGCUGAAGAAGUCCAUAUCCCAAGACUCCAGGGAGUUGUAGUCAGCUACGCAAAUGCAGGGCCAGAGCAGAGCUCUACUGUAUCUUUAGCGUCGGGAGAGGGACAAGCCAAGCAGGAACAAAAAGAGGAGCUCUGCGCGGGGAUAGUCUUAAACUACGUGUCACAUGCGAAGACCCUUGCAGAUUUGAUGGAAGUUUCCGCUGGCCAGGCUCAGGCAAUUGACCUCUCGAAAUAUAGAGAGACAUGGAAAGAGCAAAUCGCUUCCGUGAUUCGGCAUUUACACUACCAUCGCAUUACCAUUGGGAGUGGCGCUGGUGCAAGGUAUUUGAUCAGCCGCUAUACCAUCUAUAUUACGAACAUUCACGAGGCGGAUGACGACCUUGGUGGAGUCUCUGCAGCAGAGCUAGAAGCCGCAGACGCGUGGCUGAUGCUGGAAGCUGGCUGCACAGUACACCCAUCAACAGCGCGAGAGACCGACAACGAGAAACUCAAAGAACAGGAAGCCAUAGACUGGGCAGCCCUGGAGGAGGUGUUUCAAUUCUGA